GUAAUGAUUAUUCGUAUUACACGUGCAAUCCAUGCCAAGUGACUUUUAACUUCGUUUCUCUCUUUCGAUCGUGUCGCGGAGCAGAGCAAGCAUGGUGUCCAAAGCAAGCGACUCUUCCUCUAAAACCAAAUAUUUCCAGAAAUCCCAUGGAGAACAUUCAAAUGAGGGCAUUGGGAACUUGUCUCACAAGCUAAAUCAGCUUAAGAAGCAAAUUCAAGCGGAGAGGCUUAUUGCAGUAAAAGAAAAAGUUGAGAAGAACAGGAGGAAGUUAGAAACUCAUGUUUCCCAGCUUAUACUGGCGACAUCAAGAAAUAAUGUUUCAUCUGCAGAAUGGAACGGACAUGGGAGAAUACUUUCUUCAAGAAUCAAUUAUCCACUCUGCAAGUAUGGAGGAUUUACUCAAGGACCAGGAGAUGGAUACUUUAUGAAUGGUCAUGAAAUCGUAUACUCUACUAGUAGUAGUAUCAAUCUUCCACAUAUUGAGAAAAUACCCCCGUAUACCACCUGGAUAUUCUUGGAUCGAAAUCAGAGAAUGGCCGAGGAUCAAUCUAUCGUUGGUAGGAGACGCAUUUAUUAUGAUCAGCAUGGUAGCGAGGCACUUGUUUGUAGUGACAGUGAAGAAGAUCUUGUAGAGCCAGAAGAAGCAAAACACGAAUUUACUGAGGGCGAAGAUCGUGUUCUACAGAUGGCUUUUGAGGACCAUGGCCUCGAUGAGCAAGUACUGAACAUUGUGAGUCAGUUUAUUGGAGUGACUAGUACAGAAAUUGAGGAGCGUUACAGCACGCUUAGGAAAAAAUUCCAUGAGAAACAUGACCUGAACUUGAAAGAUUCUGGGGACUCUGGAUGUGAAAGGAGCAUAAUGUUGGAUAAGAGCCUUAGUGCUGCUUUAGACUCUUUUGAUAACCUUUUUUGUCGUCGUUGUUUGUUAUUUGACUGUCGACUGCAUGGCUGUUCCCAAACUUUGAUGAAUCCUAGUGAAAAGCAGACGUAUUGGUCUGAAUACGAAGAUGACAGAAAACCCUGCAGUGAUCAGUGUUACCUUCAGGUAAGAGUUGUUAAAAACUUGUCAGAAGGUUCAUUUAGCUCUGACUGGCGUGAGAAGAAAGUUAUGGCUUUAGAAGAUAAUGGGAGGGUGAUUAUGGCCAGUGAUGCUGACAAGCCAAAAGCUGCUGAAGAGACCAACUGCACACAAGUUGCAGAAACAGUGACACCUGUUAGUACUUCCGAAGAUGCUGCUGAAGCUUCUAAUAGUAAUUUGGAUGAAACUGCAGAGGUAAUAGACACUGGAGAACAUGUGGGAAAGCGAAAAAUCUUACGACAUGCUAAUGCUGCACAAGAUACUUCAGCAAAUGCUCCAAAGGAAUUUCAGGAUUCUUCGAGUAAAAGACAGAGGAAACUAUUGCCUUUGGAUGUAGUUACUGCAGCUAGUGGAGCUAUGCCAAGUUUGGAUCACAAUUCCACUGGUGUUGUCGGAAAAAUUGAACUUCAGAUGACUGGAAAAAGCGCUCUAAGUGAAUCUACUGCACACAUGUCGAAGGAGAGCGUGGAUGUUAAUGGAGCCAAAGACAUUACAGAAGUUCAUGAACCAAGCUCUUCUUCUUCUCCAGGAGGAUAUCUUGGAGGGACUGCAGUUGGUUCUGAGUGGAAACCUAUUGAGAAAGAAUUAUACUUCAAGGGAGUGGAGAUGUUCGGGAAAAACAGUUGCCUUAUAGCCAGGAAUUUGCUCUUGGGCUUGAAGACUUGCAUAGAAGUAUCAAACUACAUAUGUAGCAGUGGAGCUACAGCACCUCAUAGAUCUCUUGCACCAAGUUUGUCUCUGGAAGAAUAUGGGAAGAGUGAAACAGACAAUACGGAGCAAGAGAUGCCAACAAGGUCACGUUUACUUCGUAGAAGGGGCAGAACACGAAAGCUUAAAUAUUCCUGGAAGUCUGCAGGCCAUCCAUCAAUUUGGAAAAGAAUUGCUGAUGGGAAAAGCCAGUCAUGUAAGCAGUACUCCCCAUGUGGAUGCCAGUCUAUGUGUGGAAAGCAAUGCCCUUGUCUACAUAAUGGAACAUGCUGUGAAAAAUAUUGUGGGUGCUCAAAGAGCUGUAAAAACCGAUUUCGGGGAUGCCACUGUGCAAAGAGUCAAUGCAGAAGCAGACAAUGUCCAUGUUUUGCUGCUGGACGUGAAUGUGACCCGGAUGUUUGUCGAAACUGCUGGGUUAGUUGUGGAGAUGGUUCAUUAGGUGAGCCACCAAGGCGAGGAGAUGGCCAAUGUGGCAACAUGCAGCUUCUUCUUAGGCAGCAGCAGAGGAUCCUCUUGGCAAAGUCCGACAUUGCUGGAUGGGGAGCCUUUCUAAAGAAUCCAGUCAACAAAAAUGAUUAUCUUGGAGAGUACACUGGUGAACUGAUUUCUCACAGAGAAGCAGAUAAGCGUGGAAAAAUGUAUGAUCGUGCAAAUUCGUCAUUCCUUUUUGACUUGAAUGAUCAGUAUGUUCUUGAUGCUUAUCGUAAAGGAGACAAGCUGAAAUUUGCAAACCACUCGUCCAACCCUAACUGCUAUGCCAAGGUAAUGCUUGUGGCUGGAGAUCAUCGAGUUGGGAUUUUUGCCAAGGAGCAUAUUGAAGCCAGUGAAGAGCUGUUCUACGACUAUCGCUAUGGUCCUGAUCAAGCCCCUGCAUGGGCCCGGAAACCCGAGGGUUCCAAGAGAGAUGAUUCGUCAGUGUCCCAAGGUAGAGCAAAGAAGCACCAAUCGCAUUGACGAGGUACUGACAAUGUUUUGUUUUAUAUAUUCAGAGCAUGUUUCUGGCGGUAUUCUACUGGCUCACUUGUGUCAGCUACGAGCAAUGGAGAUCUUCAUUGUGGGCAAGCCGGUACCUAUUCAUGAAGCAUUUAUAUAUUUAUUGUUGAAUUGUUCUUCAAGACAUAGGUGUCAAGCAAUAAUGUUUAUCGAACUUUGUGAUUUAACUUAGCAAUAAGCUGGAGAUUUUUCUGGCAGUACUCUAAUAGAGCAACGUAUAUAGCUGUUUGUUGGAAAAGGUUUGUAAUGUUAUAGCAGUUGUAUGUACAGUGUACUGUUGAAGACCUAUAUCCGAUUAUAAUGAUAAUAAAUGAAAUUAUUAUAGGUA